AUGUCUGAGUCUUUCUAUCCAAUCCUUGAAUCAUCCUAUCGACAACGACAAGUAGUGGUCGGAGAAGAAGAAGAAGAGGAUGGAGACAACUGUGGUGCCAUCCAUUUAGAAUGUCCUGUCAACACAGACGACAGAAUCACAGCAGGUGAGAGUUUUCCUGAUAAUAUUUUACUGCCAAGUUUGCUGACUACUUCAACAAAUGGAAAAUUACGACCAUAUGCUAUUUGUGCUCCAACACAGAUUAAUUCAAUUACACAGAAGUUUUAUACAGAUCCACCAAAAUUACCUUCAUAUUUUUCAUUCACUUCGACAGCUUCAGCGACAUCAUUAUCAACGGCAACAGCAGCAACAACGACAACAACACCAGGAUCCAUUACAGCACCGACACAAAACCCUAUCUCUGAUCAUACUAACAUUAAUCGUAAUAAUAAUAAUAAUGAUAACCUCAACCAAAACACCAAUUAUUCCCAUUGUAUUCCAACAAAUCCUAUCUUACGAUCUACAAAUUAUGAUGCAUCAAGAUAUAUUAAUGACAAAAACAAUAAUAAGCUAUUAAAAUCAAAUGAUGAUUCAACAGAUUUCUUAGUGAAUAAUCCAUUCAAUUUAAAUAGUUCAAUGUCCAAUAACAGUAAUAAUACUAUUAAUAAUAAUCAUCAUAUUUCUGCAAUUCAUCGUACAACUAAUUGUAAUUCAAGAGAUAAAGUGAAAAAACGGCGGAAUCGAACUACUUUUACAAGUCAUCAAUUGAAUGAAAUGGAAAGAAUAUUUCAGAAAACUCAUUAUCCUGAUGUUUAUGCACGUGAACAACUAGCUCUAAGAACAGGACUGACAGAAGCGCGAGUACAAGUAUGGUUUCAAAAUAGGCGUGCUAAAUGGCGUAAACGUGAACGAUUAGGUGGAAGUGGUAGUUUAACAAAUGGAUCAUCUGAUAUCGGCUUACAGUUAUCCUUUUCAGAACAAAAUGAUUUAUCAACAAUGAAUAAUUCUUCUUCAUCGACAGCUGUAUUCGCGGCAGCUGCCGCAGCCUGUGCUAUGGCUGCAGCUGUGACAGCUGGAACUAAUCUACAAGGCAGUAAUUUAUGUUCAACAAAUAAUCAUUUACAUAAACAUAUGAAUACUCAAAACAAUAACAAUGCAAGUAAUAAUUAUUUAUUCUCGCCGUCGAAUUCUUCAUCUUUUAUUCCUAAUCCUUGUGUAACAGAUACACGUAGAUUGGGUGGGCUAUUUGAACAAAGUAUUUCUUUGAAUACAAACAAUCAUGAAAAUAAUUUACUUCAUCAUUCUAGACAUUUUUGUGAAUCAAAUCCUUAUUUUUCAUUGACACUGAACAAACUUACAAGAUCAGGCAUGAAUAGUACUGAUGUUAAUACUGGAAAAUUAUCUCAGGAAUCGCAGUUAUUAACAUCUAUGGAAAAAUCAGAUGAGAAAAAUCUAUUCAGAGAUGAAUUCGACACUUUUCGUCCAUCAUCAACGUCAACAUCUGAACUAUCAUCGUCAUUUAUGAGUAAAUCAUCUUACAUUCAGCAUGAUGGAGAACUACCUCAACAACAACGUCAUCAUUAUUCACAAAAUUCAACUGAACACAAUACAGGUUCAAUGUACAACAGAUGUCAGUCUACUGGAGAAGACAUUCGACAUCAUACUGUGAAACAUUCAAUUUUCCCUAGUGAUAUUUCACUGGAUCGCUUCAAAAAGUACCCUUCAAUGUCAUCAACUGGCGUUGAAUGGUCAUUAAAUGCUCAAAGUAACAAUAACAAUAAUAAUGAUAAUAGGGUUAACUGUAAUACUUAUCAAAUUUCUGAGCAUUUAGAACAAAAUACGGAAUCAUCGGUUAGUCGAAAUAAUUCAACUCAACAGACAACAGCAACAACAACAGCAGCAACUAAUGGUCGAAACAAUCACCUCUUCUGGAAUACACCGUCUUUAACAAAUCCAUCAGAAAUAACUAAUUCAUUGUACAUGAAUAAUAAUGUCACCAGUGGUAAUAAUGAUGUCACAGUAACUUCAAAUGACGUAAACCCAGUCAAUUCCACAGUUAACAAUGCUAGUCAUGCUGACGGCAAUACUAAUAACCAUAGAAGUGAUGAUUUAAAACCAUGUUUAGGAUGGAAUUUUCCAACAGAAUUCAAAGAAUCGAACUGGUUAGCCAGUAAACAAACAACAAAUUUUUAUGAUAUUCAAAAUUCAGCGUCAAAAUCAAAUAAUCUAUUCAAUGAAAAUAAGCUGUACAUCUAG